AUGCUAAGAGGUGCAACCCUUACCUGGUGGAACAUUGUCAUAUCUACCCUAGAGACUACGGAGCUGGCCAAGAUGAGUUGGGUCACGUUUAAAAAAAAGGUAUUAGAGGAAUAUUGCAAUGAGCAGGAGAUGGACCGCAUCGAAGAAGAGUUCCGAACCCUAAAGAAGGGAAACUUGUCGGUGAGGGACUACACACGACUCUUCAUGGAAAAACUAAACUUGGUGGGGCAUGUGGCCCCAACGGAGAAAGAAAAGAUGAAGGCUUAUUUAAAAGGGUUGCCCGCAGACAUGAUGGUAAUGGUCAGGAAUUCCAGGGCCUCCACCCUUAGAGAGGCAAUCGAAGAGGAAAAUAUCAUGGAGUCAGUGUACAGCAAAGUGAGAGUAGAGAAAACGGCUAUCAGUGAAAUAAGGAAGUGGGAAUGUCACCAUGCACUUUCCAAGAGACCAAACCAUCUCAACAACAACAACAACCGUGGAGUUUAUCCUAGACAAGAGGCCAAGUGGUGUCCCAAAUGUCGCAGUAAACAUCUCGGCCCAUGCACCACUAACCCUAGUCCUGUAAAAUGCUUUAAGUGCAGAAAGAUAGGCCACACACGAAAUGAUUGUCCGAUCAAAGGACCCAUUUGUUUUGGAUGCGGAGAGCCGGGUCAUUUCAAAAAUGAUUGCCUGAAGUUAAAGGCAGGAGGGAGCCAGGGAAGAAAAGAAAAUGCAUCGAAAGCAGCCGGCCGAGCUUUCCAGAUGACUGCUGAAGAAGCUAAGGCAUCGACGGAUGUAGUGUCGGGUACGUUCCUUGUUAACUCCAUACCUGCACACGUACUUUUUGAUUCAGGUGCUUCAUGUUCCUUUGUGUCCACUACGUUCCGUCAACUUUUGCAUGCGCCCCCUAGUGCUCUAGAAGAUGCUUUGAUCAUAGAGUUAGCGAAUGGUAGUCAAGUUCUGGUAAGCGAGAUCGUUAGGAGUUGWKUGUUGGGAAUUGAGGGAAAGGAAUUUCGAGWRGAUCUCAURCCCAUGGCUAUAGGCGGGUUCGAUAUCAUAAUUGGGAURGAUUGGUUGGCAGGGAACCAAGAGGAGAUUUUAUGCUCUAAAAAGUUGAUUCGAAUCCCUCUGCCGGACGGGGACGCAAUGCUAGUUUACGGAGAAGGAAGGAAAAGUAAUGUAGCACUGUUAUCCACGGCGAAAGCACGUAAAUGUUUAGCUAAGGGAUGCUCCUCGUUCAUUGCAUAUGUGUUAGAUACCAAACCAGAGAAAARAAGAAUUGAARAUGUGAAGGUAGUUAAUGAAUUUCYAGACUUGUUCCCUGAAGACUUACCCGGUCUACCACCYGCUAGACAAAUAGAAUUUCGAAUCGACCUUAUUCYGGGAACCGCUCCGCUUGCUAGAKCCCCUUACCRUUUGGCUCYGGCCGAGAUGCAGGAGCUAAUGUCUCAGCUACAAGAUCUGCUUGAGAAAGGAUUCGUGAGACCCAGUUCGUCACCGUGGGGAGCUCMAGUCYUAUUUGUUAAGAAGAAGGAYGACACCAUGAGAAUGUGUAUAGACUAUYGUGAACUCAAUAAAGUAACCGUGAARAACAAAUAUCCUCUCCCUAGAAUCGACGAUCUUUUUGACCAACUCCAGGGAGCGAGUUGCUUCUCAAAGAUUGAUCUUCGUUYWGGAUACYACCAAGUACGAGUAAAAGAAGAUGAURUGRCAAAGACAGCUUUUAGGACGCGAUAUGGACACUACGAAUUCUUGGUUAUGCCCUUCGGAUUGACGAACGCGCCGACAAUAUUCAUGAACUUGAUGAACCGAGUGUGCCGACCGUUUCUCGACGAGUCCGUAAUAGUGUUCAUUGAUGACAUACUCAUUUAUUCCAAGAACGAGACGGAUCAURAACAACAUCUUCGGGAAGUUCUCGAAAUGUUAAGGAGGGAUAAAUUAUAUGUAAAAUUCUCCAAGUGCGAUUUUUGGCUAAAAGAAGUUCAAUUCUUGGGUCACGUAGUCACUGAAGAUGGAGUGAAGGUGGACCCAUCCAAAAUUGAGGCGGUAAUGAAUUGGGAACCGCCAAAGAGUCCUUCAGAGAUCCGAAGUUUCUUGGGUCUAGCAGGUUAUUAG